CUUGGGAUAUCUGCUGGAAAAACUGAUUGCAUUGCAGUCUGACUGCACAAAAAUAAGACUGGACAGUUGAUCCUGUGAACAAUGGAUGAAGAUCUGAAAAAGGCGAACACUCACAAUGGGAGCGUCUCGGGUGCAGUGGAAGCCAAAAAGCACGAUCAGCCAAAAGCAGCAGUUCUGCAGAAGAAUGUGGGUCUCGUAAGUGGCAUCUGUCUGAUAGUGGGAACAAUGAUCGGCUCAGGGAUCUUCAUUUCUCCCAAAGUGGUUCUGGAGGGGACUGGAGCAGUGGGUCCAUGUCUGUGUGUGUGGGCGGCGUGUGGUGUGCUGGCUACGCUGGGGACCCUCUGCUAUGCUGAACUAGGCACAAUGAUCAUGAAGUCUGGUGGAGAGUAUCCGUACCUGAUGGAGGGUUUUGGGCCAGUGCUGGCAUACCUAUAUUCCUGGAGCACGAUCAUCAUGUUAAAGCCUUCGUCAUUUGCCAUCAUCGCCCUGAGUUGUGCCGAAUACGCCUCCACAUCGUUUUACCCAGAGUGCACUCCUCCUCAAGUGGUCACCAAGUGCCUGGCUGCAGCUUGUAUCUUAAUAAUUACAGUCGUCAACUGUCUGAGUGUGAAGCUGGCAUACAGAGUGCAGAACUUUUUCACAGCAGCCAAACUCUUGAUUAUUGUCAUCAUCGUGGUUUCAGGCAUCGUUCUGCUGGCUCAAGGCAAUACACAGAAUCUUAGAGACCCAUUUGCAGGGGCAACAACAUCAUUUGGAGCAAUUGGCCUUGCGUUUUACAAUGGACAAUGGGCUUAUGAUGGAUGGAAUCAGCUUAACUUCAUAACAGAAGAGCUGAAAAAUCCAUACAGAAACCUUCCCCUGGCAAUAAUUAUUGGGAUUCCCCUGGUAACUGUGUGCUAUAUAUUUGUCAACAUCGCAUAUCUCAGUGUCUUGACCCCUAUUGAACUUCUACAGUCUCCUGCCGUUGCUGUGACCUUUGGUGACAGAGUGCUGUACCCAUUAUCAUGGAUUGUGCCUUUAUUUGUGGUCUUUUCCACUUUUGGUGCAGCCAAUGGGAGCUGUUUCACCGCAGGCAGGCUGACAUAUGUGGCAGGACGGGAGGGACACAUGGUGCCAAUAGUCAUCCCUGUUUUGGUGGUGAUUGUGUCCUGUUAUCUGGUUCUUGCUCCCAUCAUAGACAAGCCUGAGUGGGAGUACCUGUACUGCACAGUGUUCAUAGUCGGUGGUCUUCUCUUAUAUGUACCCUUCAUUUACUACAAAUUCAACUGCAUUUGA